UCUUUGAUGUUCAACGAGAUCUCUUUUCAAAAAAUAAAAAAAGGCAAGAUGAAAGCAAUUCAUAAAUAUAUAUAGGGAAAAAGAGAAAAGGCAUCCAACCCUAAUUUCUUUAUCUUCUCCAACUCCAUUUCUUGCUCUUAAGGCCACACAAUAUCUUUCUAUUGCUAACCCACAAAAGAUCAAUGAAGAUCGACAUAAAGGAAUCUAAUCUGAUACAUCAAGCUGAAGAUUUGCCUAAUAAUCAGCACCAGUGGCUCUCUAAUUUAGAUCGAAUCCAUGAAAGAAACAACAUUCCUACAGUGUACUUCUACAAGGCAGCUGAUCAUCCAAUCUCCUUUGAAUCUAAAGUGCUAAAGGAAGCUUUGAGCAAAGUUCUUGUGCCGUUUUAUCCGGUGGCCGGAAGGUUAGGAAGAGAUAACAAAGGUAGACUUGAAAUUGUUUGUAAUAAUGAAGGUGUGUUGUUCAUAGAGGCUGAAACAGACUCUGAAUUAGAUGAAGUUGGUGACUUGAUGCCCGUGGAAGUUUCUCAACUCAUUCCUUCAGUUGAUUAUUCACAAGGCAUUUCUUCUUUCCCAAUUCUUGCUGUUCAGGUCACUAAGUUUAAAUGUGGUGGACUAUCUCUCGGACUUCGCUUUCAUCACAUAUUAGCAGAUGGUUUUGGGGCUCUCCAUUUUAUAAACACAUGGUGUGAUGUUGCACGAGGACUCUCCAUUACAAUGCCACCGUUCAUUGAUAGAACCAUUCUUCGCUGUAGAGCUCCACCAACCCCAACAUUUGAACAUGCUGAGUAUGAUAAGCCACUUUCCAUGAACUCUGCCACACAAAUCCUAACAUCACAACAAAAUUGUAUUCAAAUAUUUAAGAUCACACUUCAACAACUUGAAACCUUGAAAAACAAAGUAAAGAAUGCUGAUGGAAAAACAAAGUACACUACCUAUGAGAUCUUAACUGCACAUAUAUGGCGUUGCACAUGCAAAGCACGCGCUUUAUCUAAUAAUCAACCAAUCAAGUUAUUCAUACCCAUUAAUGGUCGGUCUAGAUUGCAUCCUCCACUUCCUCCUAACUUUUUUGGUAAUGUAAUAUUUUCAGCAACACUAUUUGCUUUAUCCGGUGAGAUUUUAUCAGAGACACUAAAAAACACUGUUGAAAGAAUUGACAAAAAGAUAAAGAGGAUAGAUGAUGAGUAUAUGAGAUCGGCCAUCGAUUACUUGGAAGUAAUGGAUGACCUAACCCCUAUCUUGCGAGGCGCUAAUACUUGUCGAUGCCCAAACCUUAACAUUGUUAGUUGGAUGAGGCUGCCUUUCUAUGAUGCUGAUUUUGGUAUGGGAAAACCCAUAAUUGUGAGGCCUGCAAAUCCACUUGAAGGCAAGGUAUACAUAAUGCAAACUCCAAGUGAUGAUGGAAGUUGGCAGUUGGCCAUAUGUCUACUGGCAGAUCACAUGCAAUCCUUCCAAAGGUUGUUUUAUGAAUUUUGAUUUCUUAUGCAAGUUUGUAUUGCUAUGAGUUUUAUGUAUGCAAUGAUCUACAUCACUCUCUUCUUUCCACUUCAACUGAACAUUCCAAUUAUGUUAGAUGUCAUGUUUUGAGAUAAUGAGCUUUUUUAUAAUUAUGGAAACUUGAUAAUUUUUUCCAUUUUAGAUUGUUUCGAGUAUAACACAAAGGCAACCCUAAUAGUAUUAUAUUGUAUAUAUUUUUUAUAUGUUGAUUCUAGAAACUUUUUUAA